AUGGCAGAGUCAGACUAUUGUCUGUUCAGAAGGCUCUUAGUGAGCCAAGACCUCCCAGCCCUGCAGCAGGAUGCUGAAUACCUGGAGGAAUCACAUGAUCAUGAGCUCAAAUCCCUAGCUAUGGCCAAUGAGCAACUCUACCAAAUAUCAUUGAUAUUACCAUUUGCAAGAAGAUAUGAUGAGCCUGGUGAGGAGGCCAAUGAGGAGGAACAAUCUGAUGGUUACAUUGGUAGCGAUUAUGAUGAGGUAGAAGAUAACUUACUUACUAACACCACAACAUCAAUGAAUGACCCUCCACCAUCAGCAAGAUCUACUGGCAGGCAGAAGCCCAAUACUGUCAGAAAGGGUUUCUGGCCAGAUCUGCAUUUAGACCUGAACCCAAGUGGCCAAUCGGUCACUAAUCAACUUGGUGUUAUGACUGGGAUAGUUCUUCUGUCAAAGUACAAGGAGGGUUCUAAUUCAAGGGUUCCGCUAGAUGAGCAUGAUAGCUUCUAUCUAGGUUUAGAGACUAAAACAAUAACAGGAAGUGGUGCAGCCAUGUCAAGAAAGCAAUACCACGCACCAGCACCCCAUCAAUACCAAGUGCCAGUGUCCCAUCAGUACCAGGCGCUGCUGGAUACUAUCAAAGAUGAGUCUUUGGCUCCCUGGGAGGCUGCACAGCUUGUUGCUUUUGCACCUCUCCAUCUGGGAGAGAAUAUCUGUGGGGAGAGAACACAGGGUGUCAUUAGAGUAAAUCAUCAAUCUCAAAAGCACAUCUCUGACACUGGAAGACAGCAACAUAAUAUCAAACUCCCUCCCAUACCAGAGAUACAUCCUACUACUGUGCCCAAUUCAACCGAGGGAUUGGUAUUGGUCCCAGACCCACCUAUUUCAACACACAUCAAGCUCUCAACAAAAUUGGCCCAAAAGUUCAAGGAAAGGGUGAAGGAUAAUCUUCAGGCCCUUGCACUAAAUGUGGAUUCCGAAACUGAUGGUGCUCUUAACGACAAGCUUCAUGACAAGAUGAUUUGCACUGCACUGUCAACUGCAAAAAUUGAGCUGUUUGGUCAAGGUAUCUCUUGUUAG